GCUGUUUAUUACUUAAAAAAGAAGAAGACAAAUUAGUCAUCAAACAAAAUUCGACGCAAAUUUGUUAAAAUUUAUUAAAUUAGUUUUAAAAGCUUACGCAAAGCACAAAAUGAAUCGACUUUUUGGACGUGGAAAACCCAAGGAGCCCGGACCAAGUCUAAAUGACUGCAUUACGGGGGUGGAUGCUCGGGCUGCAAAUAUUGAGGAGAAGAUUGCGAAAUUGGAGACGGAGCUGCGUAAAUAUCGUGAGCAAAUGAGCAAAAUGCGUGAAUCCCCUGCAAAGAACUCGGUUAAGCAAAGAGCGCUGCGUGUGCUCAAACAAAAGAAGGCCUACGAGCAACAAGCUGAAUCUCUGCGAAAUCAAUCGUUCAAUAUGGAACAGGCCAACUAUGCCGCCCAAUCGCUCAAGGAUACUCAAGCCACAGUGGCCGCCAUGAAGGAUGGUGUGAAGCAGAUGAAGACGGAAUAUAAGAAAAUUAAUAUUGAUCAAAUUGAGGACAUGCAUGACGAUAUGGCAGAUAUGCUUGAGCAGGCCGACGAGGUGCAGGAGGCCAUGGGACGCACCUACGGCAUGCCCGAAGUGGACGAUGAUGACCUACAGGCAGAGCUUGAUGCAUUGGGCGACGAAAUGGCUUUGGACGAUGAUUCCAGCUACUUGGAUGACGUUGUCAAGGCGCCCGAAGCCCCAGACAGAGAACCAGGCGCUGAUAGCAUUAAGCCGGGCAAGAGCACCAUUGAAACGGAUGAAUUUGGUCUGCCUAAGAUUCCAACCUCCUUGAAGACAACAUAAAAAGUUGUUUUCCAUAUACAUAUAUAUAUGUUCAUAUUAAAGUUUAGAGGAAAAAAGAAAAAACGCUUCGUUUCCAU